CUCUCCAAGAAAGAAAAAAAUGGCAGAAAUAUUCGCAAAUAUUCCAAAACACUUCGCCAUCAUGAUAUCUACUGUAAUAAUAAGUUUUCUGAUACUUUCCACCGUGGGAAUAUCUCUCCCACCCAAUGACAUUGCAGAUAGAUUUCGCAACGACAGUGAAACCAUCAAACUAGCCUCAACAGAUUACGGUCAUAUUGUUCAAGAAAUCCCAGCAGCAGUUUUUCAUCCAACCUCCAUUAAUGAUGCAGCAAUCUUGAUAAAAUUCGCGUACAAUUAUUAUAAUAACGCUGUUCCCAUGAUCACCAUAGCAGCCAGGGGUCGGGGCCACUCGGUUCGGGGGCAGGCUAUGGCUCGGGGUGGGGUCGUGGUCAACAUGACGUCUUUGCAGAAUCGAAUAAAUGGGUCCGGAAUAUCAGUCUUACGGAGCCCUUUUUUGGGCUUUUUCGCCGAUGUGGGAGGCGAACAGCUUUGGAUCGACGUGCUGCAUGCAACGCUAGAACAUGGACUUUCGCCGGUUUCGUGGACCGACUACUUGUACCUCACCGUCGGCGGGACGCUCUCCAACGCAGGGAUUAGCGGCCAAACUUUCCGAUUUGGUCCUCAGAUCAGCAAUGUUUAUGAAUUGGAUGUUAUCACCGGAAAAGGGGAUAUCGUGACUUGCUCCACCAAGGACAACUCCGAGCUAUAUUACGCUGUGCUUGGAGGUUUAGGCCAAUUUGGGAUUAUAACCAGAGCAAGGAUUGCCCUAAAGCCAGCUCCAACAAGGGUUAAGUGGUUACGAAUGCUUUACAGCGACUUCUCUGCAUUUUCAAGAGACCAAGAACAUUUGAUCUCAAUAAAUGGAAGGAAGCAAAGCAAUGCAUUUGAUUAUUUAGAAGGCAUGCUUCUUCUGAACCAAGGUCCUCCAGAUGUUUCCUUUUUCCCAGAACCCUAUCAGCCGAGAAUAAUCUCCCUAGUAACCCAACAUGGCAUCAUCUACUGCAUAGAAGCAGCCAUAUAUUAUGAUGAUCGCACGGUUAAUACGGUUGACAAGGAACUUCAAGUUUUGGUGAAAGGGUUAAGCUUUCUUCCGGGGUUCAUGUUUGAGAAAAAUGUAUCGUACGUAGAUUUUGUGAAUAGAGUGGAAAGGGAAGAGCAAAUACUUAGAUCGAAAGGACUAUGGGACAUUCCUCAUCCAUGGUUGAAUCUCUUUGUACCAAGAUCUCGUAUCUCGGAUUUCGAUACGGGUGUUUUUAAGAACAUCAUUCUUAAACAAAACAUUUCUGCUGGACUCGUCCUACUUUACCCCAUGAACCGAAACAAGUGGGAUGAUAACAUGUCUGCGGUUAUACCGGAAGAAGAUGUUUUCUACGUUGUAAGUUUGCUGCGUUCAAGUGGCUUCAAUAUGUGGGAGGCAUUUGAUCGACAAAAUGAAGAAAUAUUGCAAUUUUGUGAGAAUGUUGGCAUUAAGGUUAAGACGUAUCUUUCACAUUACGAGACGCAAGAAUCUUGGAUAAAACAUUUUGGCUCGAAAUGGGGAUCUUUUCAAGAGAGAAAAGCUCAGUUCGAUCCGAAAAUGAUAUUAGCUCCUGGACAGAGAAUUUUCAAUAAAUAGUCAGCCACAUGUUCUUGUGAUCAUACAUUAAUUCUGGUUUUUAUUUAAUUAAAACAAAUCCCUCAUUUUGCAUUAAUUAAGAUAAAUUCUAUUCAUACAUGAGCUAGCUAGGCAAAUGGAAAAUGGAACAUUUUGUGGA